AUGUCUUCCUCAUCGCCGCCCCCUCCAGAGCGUAAUCUUCAGAGGUCUAAGCGAAAAGCCUCAAAGUUGCCGUCACCAAUACUUCAAGAAGAUACCAUCAAGCGGGUUAAGACAAGAGAUCAAUCACUUAUCGGAGAUGAGUAUAACGGCAAAAGAACUAUCUCACUAUCGCUCCUAACUCCACCACCUUCCUCGUCGAACUCAAGGAGCUCUAGCGCCUUGUCAUCCACAUCGACCAUCUCGAUUCCAGUAGAGAUGGAUUCUCCGCAUACCUAUGAGUGCAUGGGUCUAACCGCCGAAGCGGCACGAUCGAUAUACAAUGACGGAAAAGAGAUUCGAGAUGGUUUGUUGAACGACUAUGGCGAGGAUUUCAAUUCGGACUUUCUUGAGUGUAGUCUUGAGGCAUACUUGGUCAAGAGAGUUAAUGAAGUCUGUGAUGAUGUACUCGCAGCUGGAGAUGGUGACAACUGGAACGAAGCAAUGACAGCGGCUGGUAUCAAGAAAGAGCUUCAAGAUGCUAUCAUGGAUGAGGAGUUCGAGGCUAUCCGUGGCACAAUGCCUCUCCAGAGUUGGCUCAAGGAGAUCUUCAACAACUAUUUCCUCACAUUCGAACACAUGAACGAGAGCGUCCUAGAUCUGGAAGAGAAUUCGUCAGGGCCAAGUCUGAGGGGAGGAGCCGGCGAAGAAGACAUAUCACCCCCACCUCCUGGACAUCGAGCCUUAUUCAAGAGCGUCGAAUUUCACAGAGCGCAAGGCAUCUUUCUUAAGGACAGAAUCAAUCUUGACAGAUUGACUUCGGUAGCAACCCCCAUGGACUUCACUCACCGUAAUGGUCUAUACUUCACAGAUGCCCUCUGGGUCGCCGAGGUCUAUGCAACAUUUUCAAAGCGCACUUGUCCACCUGCCGACAUUCGAACUGUCGAGAUACACGUUCCAGAAGAUCAUUUCAGGAAGCAGAAAGUAUGGGAGCUUGAGUUUGACGACACCUUCAAGGAAAUCGUUUGGCACUCCAGGCGCGGAGAACUGCUUCCAAAGAAUUUACAGAAGAUUCGAUCCGGCUUCCGAAUCAUUCACGGACCCUGCACCACGCAACACUCCAAGAACUAUGCGAAGAUGAAGCAUUGGAAUGAGAUCACGGACAAGCAUUUGCUAACUAGGACCACAACUGAUGAGUAUGGAGCAUCUAAGAAAGAAGUGGCAAUGCAAUACCUGUGGCGCAAUGAUGCAGGAGUGACCGAACUCAACAUCGAUUGCAAGGGAAAGGUGCGUGUGUGGAAGCCACUCAAGGGUUGGUCGCUUGUUGAGGAUCCUGAGAAGGACAUUUCGGUCAAGGGGAGGAAUGUUUUGAAGGGUUGA